AUGGUGGAAAAGGCCUCUUGCUACAUCAAGGUAGAAGAAGCUCAGGCUGCUAGAAGGAAGGCCGAGAAGACGGUGGCCCCUGGCAAUCGACCUGAAAGGAGAGUGCCCCAGCCGGCUCAGCCCUUUCAGCGCGUCCAGCCCAGACCUGCCCCUCAGCCCGCUCAGGGGGCGUACUGCACGUAUCAUCGGUCCCGUACGCACGAUCUCAGCAACUGCUUCCAAUUCGCUCGUGAUUCUAGGCGGGCUGCUGAACAAGGCUUGCCACCCCCGGAGUUAGCGCCUCAAAUACAAAGGAUGGAAGAAGAGCGAGCCGCAACUGGACGCGCUCAUCAGACCCAGCCCAAUCUGGCCGGCCCCUCUAAUCAGGCUGGUCCCCGGGAAGAUCAAAGAGAUGCCGGAGAGCUGGAAAGCCGGGGUAACGCCGCUGUGAGAGAGAUCGGCAUGAUCUCAAGAGGGCCCACCGAUAGGGACUCGGGCCGGGCUCGUAAAUCACAUAGCCGGCAACUAUAUGUAGGGGCUGUGGGAUGCAGCUACGAGCAGGCAUCUGGCCCUGUCCUUAGCUUCGGGCCCCAAGACUUGGAGGGUUUAGAACUGCCCCAUGAUGACGCUCUCAUAAUUAAAGCUGUCAUCGCUAACAUCCAAGUAGCUCGGGUCUUCGUGGAUACAGGGAGCUCAGCCAAUAUCCUGUUCAAAGCUGCGUUUGAGGAGAUGCAAAUCGACGCCGAGGAGCUCCAGCCCGUGACCACCUCUUUAUACGGGUUCACAGGUAACGAGGUCAAACCCAUGGGCCAGAUCAAGCUGGCCAUCUCCUUAGGCACUGAGCCGCUGGUGCGCACUAGGAGGAGCACCUUUAUCGUGGUAGAUUCGCCUUCCUCCUACAACGCCAUCCUGGGGAGACCAGCUCUGCAUGAGUUCUAG